AUGAAUCCAAUAAAUGACCCCGAAAUGUGCAUAUUUACCAAGCAAGAGCAAGAAGAGUCGCCUUGUAUAGGGUCCAUGCCUUCGUCACCUUCUUGCUCCGAAAUAUCCUUUCCUCAUUCUCCUUCGGCAACCGAUCCUGAUUUUGCAUUUUAUCGCGUACCAAAAGGAUUUAAUGUUGUCUUAGUACCAAAACCAGAUGAGUCAACGACAUCAACAUCAUCUCCAAUCGAUGAUUCGAACAAUGCUUUAUUAAAUAACAACAUUGAUGAUGACGCGUCUUCCUAUUCGACAAAAUCUGUCAAUAUCGACGCUUCUGUUCCAUCGAACGACGAAUAUUCCUCGAAUAUCAAUCCAAACAACCUUACGAAUAAUACCUCUUCACUGCCAUCCUCGUCUACUUCUUCAAGACUUUCUGCUUAUAGGAAGCGUAAGGCAGACAAGAACUACAUUCCUCGCCCAAAGAAUUGUUUCAUGGCUUAUCGUGAACAUAUCAAGGAAAAAUUCUUGGUGGAGAAUCCCGGCAUGAAUAACAAAGUUGUGUCGGUACUUGCAGCCAAGAUGUGGAAUAAUGAACCAGAAAGCGUUAAGGAACAAUGGCGUGAACGUGCAAAACAAUUGAAACUCGAACACAAAAUGAAAUACCCUGAUUAUAAAUUCAAACCACAGAAAAAGAAGUCGAACUUGAAAACUCCUGGUGGCACGAAAACAUCGGCUAAGAACCGAAAGAAAACUCUUGAUUCCGAUAAGCAACACCUGUUUGCUGAUGAUUAUCCUAACGAAAUAAUUUGCGGUGGUGAUGAUGAUAAUAAAAUCAUAUAUCCAAUUAAUAUUGAAGCUGCCGAUGAGCAAGACUAUAUGCAUCAUUUACAAAAGAAAGCUUUAUUCGGUCAUUAUAGAGCAUCUUCUGUUGAAUCUGUCAGUUCAUGGACAAGCGAUUCAACCGCUUCAACUCCUCUAUUGUCACCAUUUACUUGUUCACCUGCGUCAUAUUCGCCCCCUAUUUUCCCAUUCGGUAAUCCUAACACUAACAAUCAAAUGUGUCGAUCUCAAUCAGCAUUACGAUACGAAGCAGGAAACCUUUCUCAUUCCCAAGAAGACGCACACAACGGUGGUAAUAACAUGAUGUUCUCGCACCAUCACUCGGCUUCUCAUCAAUAUGAGGUUGAUGAAUUGAAUCAAAUGUACAACCAAAUGGAUGUAAGCGCUCGUGCGGUUAUGCCAGUUGAUGAUGGAUUUGUCCUUGAUUCGACUUAUGAUGAAUCUACAUUGAGAACUGCGGCUUUACUAAAUCAAUCUCUUGCCCCCUGUUCUUCUUCUUCGGAAAUGUCUUCUACCGAUUAUGAUUUGAUGGCGAUGGGACAUUUUGCUUCCCCAAUUCCUGAAGAACAAGGUUUCUAUGUUGAUUACGACAAUUCGGCUAAUGAUUACUCGAACUUUAAUCCUUCAAUUGAUCCUCAAAGUAAUCAACAAGUUUAUUCUUCCCUUGCUGAACAUUACGCGUUUGCUCUUGAAACCCCGCGACGAAAUUCUCAAUUGUUAGCUGAAUUUCAGAAUGGUCUUCGACAAAAUGAGAUAAUGCUUCAAGGAUUACUGGAUUAG